CAGAAAAGAGAAGAGACAAGACAACGCUUUCUUCUCCUAACGUGAUCAAUAUUGUUCAAGCAAAGUAGUAAAUUUUUCUGCACUAUAUUCCAUGGGAAAGGAUAAGCAACAUUCAUCUUUUGAACCCCAGAGCAAUCAAGACAAAGACAAAGCUGAGCCAAAUACGACUCUUGGUCAUGGUAGUCCUUUGCCUGGUAAUGUGCCUAGUUCAAAUCAACAACAACAGCCAUCAAUGUUUCAAUGGCCUUAUCCUAUUCAAAAUGCCCCACAAGCACCAUGGCAGCAGUUACCGCAUCCACAACAAGGGACUCAGGUUUUUUGGCCACCUCAGAUGCUUGGUUGGCAAGCUCCUCCUCCUGUACCUGGAGCAACUUCUGCAACAAACCAAAAUUUAGUUCCCAAUAUGUAUUACAGUGUUGGAUAUCCAUUUCCUAGCUUUUCAGCUACUCAAGUGUGUAAAAUAAUUGUUGAACUUAAUAUAAAGUUUGAUAUAUUGUUUACAGGUCCUUGGGAUCCAUCUUCUAACUUGGCUCAGAUGCACCAAUUGCAACAUUCUCAUGUUCUCAAUUCUGUUGAAGCUCAGUCAAAGGAGAAUGCUAAGCUAUGGAGUAUGGUAAAUAAAUUACAAGCUGAAGUUUCUGAUUACAAGGCUAGGCUAACUAUACUUGAACAAGAAGUUUCGUCACUCAAAAAAGAUAAAAUGGAAGGACAACCACGAAAGAGAGGGAGGCCUGCUAAGCUAUCACCGAUCAAUUCAUUAUGGGUGUCUCAACCGCUAGCUCACGGCAAAAAACCUGCACCGAUUAAGACUCAGUUUGAGAGUAAAUCACCCAUCUUUGAAAAAGUUAUCCUCAAAAAGGUAGAUCACAAAGAAAUACCAGUUCGUUAUGCUAGAUAUAUUGGGAAUACUGCUGGAACACCUUCUCAAUACCCCGCGAGGCAUGUGUUAGAUGCAACACAUCAACAAGGAGGGAACGUAACUCCUGGAAGUAAUUUUGCAGAUGAAAAGGAUCCUUCCGAAGAGGAGGAAAAUGGUACCUUAGGAUCAAUUGAAGAUGAAAUGGUAGAUGAUGAUGAUGAUACUGGUUUUUCUACCUGAGAUGAUAUUUUUGUAACAAAAGAUUGAGGGGUGCACUAAGUAAUGUCUAAUCAACUAUUUCAGUUUUCAAAAGGUUUGCCUCCCUUUAACUAUAUGUUAGUACCUACUUUUUGUAAAAGUUUCUUGCAUCUAGUUUCCUUGACGAUAGAUUUGCUGGAUUA